AUGGCCGCUGAGGCGACCGUAUCGAGGCGCCCACAGCGUACAGGAUCCUCCCCCGCACCUGCCUCGCCGCAGGCUUCGACAGAGGACAAACAUGACACCAACCAAAGCAAGCAAGAGGAGGAGAAUGAUGAUCUGCAAUCCGCGAAAGAACAGUCAGAACCACAAGUCGAAAAACCAGACAUAAGCGAAACAGCAGCAGCCGACGAUGCAGCUGCGCCGCCAUUGCCCGAUGAAGUCCCUCCACCACUGCCUGACGAGGCCCCGCCAGCAAAAGCCGAAGAUGAUGGAUGGGAACCCUCAUGGGAUCCUGCCGCGCAAAGUUAUUAUUUCUACAACCGCUUCACUGGGGUUUCGCAGUGGGAAAACCCCCGUGUGCCCCAGGCCUCGGUCCCCGCGGCACCAGGUACAGAAGAACCCAGCCAGGAAGAAGCACCCCGCAAAGCACCAGUACUUGGUGGCUACAAUCCCGCCAUUCACGGCGACUACGAUCCAACCGCAGCAUACGCGCAGCAAUAUGAAGAACAGGAGGCCGAGUCGAGCACGGCAGGCCAGGACGCGGCCGCCGCAUAUGCCGCUACCGGCACCUUCAAUCGCUUUACUGGUAGAUGGCAAGCGGAAGAGAUCAACCCCGAAAACCACAAUGAUGAGAACAAGUCCCGGCGGCAGAUGAAUGCUUUCUUUGAUGUGGACGCUGCUGCAAACAGCCACGACGGCCGCAGCCUACGGGCAGAGCGCAGCGCUAGGAAGUUGACCAAGGCAGAGCUGAAGCAGUUCAAGGAAAAGCGUCGCGAAAAGAAGGAAGAGAAACGCCGUGCCUGGUUGAGGGAUUAG